GUAUAUAAAUAAGGCCAUAAAUAAAGGCUCGCUACACCACUCUCUCUCUCUCUCUCUCUCUGUAGUAGAAACUUCUCUGCCUAAGGAGGAUCAUACACUCCUUUACUUAUCCUCUCUCUCUCAGGGGCUGAAGAAGCACCGGUGACUAAAGUUGCAAGAAGGGUUCCCUGAUUCAUGGCCUUUGAGCACUACUAUUCCCAGGAUUGGAAAACCAUCCCAAAUGCUGUGACUGAGACAGAAAAUUCCAAUGGUUGUUUUGAUUGCAACAUCUGCUUGGACUCUGCACAUGAACCAGUAGUGACCCUCUGUGGCCACCUUUAUUGUUGGCGUUGCAUCUACAAGUGGCUCCAUGUCCAAAGUGCUUCUCUUGCACCUGAUGAACACCCUCAAUGCCCUGUUUGCAAGGAUGAUAUAUCCCACACCACUAUGGUUCCUCUUUAUGGUCGAGGCCAUUCCCCUGCUUGUAAUGAGCAUGAUGGAAAGGCAUCCCGUAGAGAUACUUUUGUACCACCAAGACCACCUGCUUCAGGUGCUCAAUCUCUGUUGGCAACAUCAUCUCAAAGUGGUCAGCAACUUCCAUAUCGCAAUCCUUAUCAGAGUCAACAUUUCAACCCUUCUCUAUACCAAGAUGAGGAUGACACAUCACAAAUGCUCAAUCUUGGUGCAACCAUGGCACCAGGAUUCCCCAACCUUGUGGUUGGGAUGUUUGGAGAGAUGUUUUGUACAAGAGUCUUGGGCAACUCAGAAAAUUUAUAUUCCUACCCGAAUUCUUAUCACAUGAUGGGAAGAAAUAGCCCUAGGUUGAGAAGGCAAGAGAUGCAGGCAGACAAAUCAUUGAACAGAAUUUCAGUUUUUCUACUUUGUUGCUUUCUUCUGUGUCUUAUCGUCUUCUAAGCAAGCAUUGAGAGUAUUAUCUAUUUCUCGGAUGUACAAUUUGUAGAGAAGGUCGUGUUUAAGCUUGAGAACGGAAUAGAUUAAGUGAGGUAUUGUAUGUUAGGCUAAAGAAUUUCUGUUGUUCAACAUUUAUUACUCAAUAAUAAAA